AUGAAGGAGUUCUCCGAAGGUCAAGGAAUUUUAGAAUCUCCGGAGAAACACGACGAUGUGGACACGCUAGAUUUGGUGCCGGUAUUGGGAGAGGACCACCAGAAGAUUGUCGGCGGUGUGAAGAGUAUCGAAUCGACUGCGGCAGACAUGAUCAAGACUACGCAAGCCACCCGGAAAACCUGGGAACUGACCGAAGAGGGCAAGCAAAUAUUGGCCAAUGGAAGUCACGAGGCUGUGCUGUUGAACGCCGUUCCGGAAGCGGGAAUCCCACAGGCAGAACUGAUGAAAACUUCGCCUAACGCUAAGGUGGGAUUCAGCAAGGCCAUGUCCAACGGUUGGAUUUGGAUGGACAAGUCCGGGGGAGCCCCAAUGAUCAAGAAAAAGGUGGUAAAGAUUGAAGAUGUUGUUAAGGGGCAUGUCAAAGCUGUGGCGGAAGGUAGGGAUAAGGAUAUUCCGGAUAACAUCAAGAAUGAGUACAAGAAGCGGCAAUUUUUUACCGAGCCUGUCACCAAGAGCUUUGUACUUUCGAAAGGCCCGGAAUUCUCGACUAGUUUGAUGAAGCUGGAAACCGAUUUAACGGUGGAGAUGUUGGCCAGCGGUAUUUGGAAGGAUCUCAAGUUCAAGCCGUACAAUUUCGAUGCCCUGGGCGUGCCUCCGGAGCGUGGACAACUGCAUCCCCUGAUGAAGGUUCGUUCCGAAUUCCGAUCGAUUUUCCUGGAGAUGGGAUUCUCCGAAAUGCCAACGAACAACUUUGUGGAGUCGAACUUCUGGAACUUUGAUGCCUUGUAUGUGCCUCAACAACAUCCGGCCCGCGAUCAACAGGCUACUUUCUUCGUUUCGCAUCCCAAACUGAGCAAUAAGGAGGCGAAAAACGUUCUCCGAACGCAUACGACCCGAGUCAGUGCUCGCAUGCUGUACAAAGUGGCCCGUCAGGAGGGUGGUUUCAAACCAGUCAAAUACUUCAGCAUCGAUAAGGUUUUCCGAAACAAAACUUUGGAUGCAACGAAUUUGGCGGAGUUCUAUCAGGUGGAAGGUGUAGUUGCGGAUAACGGACUGACGCUGGGCGAUCUUAUCGGAACGUUCAAUGCUUUCUUCAACAAGCUUGGCAUCACGAAGCUGCAGUAUAAACCGACGAUCAAUCGGUGUACGGAACCGUCGAUGGAAAUUUUCUGCUUCCAUCCGGGUCUGCAGCGGUGGAUCGAGGUAGGAAACUCCGGUGUCUUCCAUGCGGAAAUGUUACGUUCGCUGGGCGUCCCGGAGGGCGUCAACGUCAUCGCCUGGGGUCUAUCGCUGGAGCGGCCAACGAUGAUCAAGUAUGGCAUCAACAACAUUCGGGAUUUGAUUGGACCCAAGGUCGACCUGAAGAUGGUGCAGGAUGGACCGAUCUGCCGGAUGAACCGCAGAAAUGUGAGAUGUUUUUGA